AGCAUUUGCUCGUUCAGUAGUGGUUUUGCCGUGGUUCCUGUCGCACGGUUUUUUUUGGCUGCGCUUGCGUUCCCAUUCUUACCGCGUUCGGUUUCAGUUGUUUUGAUAGUGUUGUUUUGUAGGUAGGUACUACACCUUCCCGGUUUGAUUGUUUAUUUUUGUGCCCGGUUUGCAUACGACGCAAAGAUCAUCCCGUGUCAAUGAAUGUGCAUUUGGUAAAUGGCUGGUCGGUUUUAGAUUGAAGUGUACUUUAUCGGAGCUUCUACUUACUGUGCCACGACGAUUACUUGUGAAAGUUGGUGAUUAUUUGGUAGUAACUGUGCAGAAGAACUCGGUGGUGAAAGAGUGCAGUCUGUGUAAGAUUCCGUUGUUCUGUAGUUGUAGAGAGAAAGCGAAACUAAAAACAGUCGAGUGUAUCGGACGUGCAAUCAGCAAAACGGUACACAAACGUGCGCUUCAGUAGCUAAACAAAGGUUGUAAACAUCGAUUGCCGCGUUGUUGAGAACUUAACAUCUUGUCACCUGAGGCGCGACUUAUUUGUUGAGCUGUUGUAAAAACUCUCCGCCCACCAGAUUCAAGUAAAUUCUCCCGCUGCAGCGCUGGGAAGCACCGCCAGCAGCACCAAAGCCGCCGGAAACAAUGCAGUAAUCACUGUAAUUCCCAGCGCAAUUACCUCCCCCCCUCGAACGGGUUAGUAGUUUGACUUUUGCAAAACUGAUACAGUGACUGACCGAUCAUCAUCUGCUAAGCGCGAGGCACCAGGCGUGCGUGUCGAACCGCACAGAUUAACGAAAUCGGUCCCGCCCGCUUGCCACAUAAUGACCAUCCAGCAGUCGUCGGGUCAACUGGCGAUGGCAGGUGCUCCGCUCAGUCCUGCAUCGACCGUUGCACCUUCCACAGCUAGUUCCACAGUUGCCGCUAGUGCUGGCGGUGGAGGAGGAGGAAGUGGUGGUGGUGGUGGUCACUCGACCUCGGUUAGUUCGUUUAGCUGUUGUCCGGCGAAUGGUGAAAGUUCUUCCAUCGGGGAGGAAUCGAUCGGGAUGAGUGACAGUCAGGGUAACAAUAACACCAUGUAUCACAAUGGUAUGUUCGAAGGUGAAGAUUACCGCUUUCCCAAGCGGCCGUCGGUGGAUAUCGACUUCCGGGAUAUUCGGUAUACGGUGAAGCGGUUCAAUAUGGCCAAGGCUAAGUUUGAAAGCAAAGAAAUUCUACACGGCCUAAACGGGUCUUUCAAGGCCGGGGAAAUAACUGCCAUCAUGGGCCCUUCGGGGGCCGGAAAAAGCACAUUGCUCAACAUUCUCGCCGGUUACGUCUCGUCCGGCGUUAGCGGUCUCGUUCAGGUUAACGGCAAGAACCGGUCGCACAAUUCACAGAGCUUCAAGAAACUGUCCUGCUACAUCCAACAGCACGAUGCCCUGCGGCCCUGGCUGACCGUGAACGAGGCAAUGAGUUGUGCCACCCAUCUGAAGCUGGGCUUCAGCAUCAGCUACGAGGAGAAAAAGAAGCUGAUCGGAAAAAUUCUUUUCAUGCUGGGUCUCGAGCAGAAGGUAAACACUUCGACGGCCGAUCUGUCCGGUGGGCAGAAGAAACGACUGGCGGUUGCGUUGGAAAUGAUCAGUAAUCCACCGAUUCUGUUUCUGGACGAACCGACGACCGGACUGGAUAGUUCGUCCUGUACGCAGUGUAUUUCGCUGCUGAAAAGGUUGGCCCAGGACGGUCGGACAAUUAUCUGUACCAUUCACACUCCGAGUGCGCUGCUGUUCGAAAUGUUUGACAAGCUUUACACCGUCACGCAGGGUCACUGUUUCUACCAGGGUCUGGUACGGGAGCUGAUGCCGUUUUUCUCCGGCUUGGGAUACCAUUGUCCGAGCUAUCACAAUCCGGCUGAUUUCAUGAUGGAAAUCGCCGUCGGCGAAUAUGGUGCCGAUGUGGGGAAGGUGAUCAAAGCUGCACUGAAAAAGUACUACGAAAUGAGCAGUGAAUGCAUCAAACUGGAUCCGGUCUUUGACGAUAAUGUGAAACCCAUUAGUUACGACUUUUCCUCGGUCGGCGGUGACGGCGGCCUAAAGGACACAACCGGCAGCAGGGUGGAAGAGCUGCUACAGCUCAAGGAUCGGGGCGGUUGCGGAAAUCUGGCGGACUUGGACGGAGCCAAUGCGUUCUGUCCGGAGAUCGUCGAUGAUACCAAGCCGGCUUCGUUGGUGAUGCAGUUUUUGCUGCUGCUCUAUCGGAACCUGUUGCAGCUGAGGCGGAAUUAUUUCCUCCUUUUUAUUCGCAUCUUCGCCCACGCCUCGGUGGCAACACUGUUUGGCUACAUCUAUCAAGGAGUCGGCCCAAAUGCCAACCAGGUCCUGGCCAACUACGUCUACCUGUACGGAUCGAUGCUAAUGAUGGUCUACACGGGCAAGAUGGCUGUCGUAUUAUCAUUUCAAAUCGAAAUGGAAUCGCUCACCAGGGAACACUUCAACCGGUGGUACAAACUGGGACCGUACUUCCUCUCGAUACUGGUCAUCGAGGUACCAGUGCAGAUCAUCUGCUCGCUGAUUUACGUCGUGAUAAGUUAUCAUUUGACAGGUAACUAUCACACCUUCGAACGGUUCCUGCUGUUUGCGCUAUUCUGCAUAGCUGGAUCAAUUUCCGCACAAGCUUGGGGAUUCUUAAUCGGGGCAGCGCUCUCAGUGAAGCUGGCCGUUUUCAUCGGACCCAUCCUGGCGGUGCUAUUUUCCGUGUUCGGUUUCUGCACCCGCUACGUAGACAUAACCCCGCUCUUCCAGUGGAUGUGGCACAUCAGCUACUACCGGGCGAGUUUCCACGGCAUCCUGAACUCGGUGUAUGGGAUGAACCGGGAGGAUCUGUUCUGUCCGGAGACGCAAAUCUACUGCCACUUUAAGAACCCGGUACUGUUCCAGAAAGACAUGGACAUCGAACACGUGGAUAUGGAGCAGAACUUCUUGCUGAUCGUGUCGAUUGUGAUAACGAUGUACAUCGGGACCAUCUUUGUGCUGUGGUAUAAGCUGAAUAAGCGAUAGCCGACGCUGGAAGAGUGUGGAAUAGUUUGAUAGUUUUGGAACCAUAGAGUGCAAUUCACUUUCAAGUUACCAUUUCAUCCGCUAAUCAGAUACUGUUCAUUUCAUCUAACGAUUUAAGUAGGGUUACCAAAUGGACUGAGAGCAAAUUAAGGACAUCCCUGCCAAAUCUAUUCGGAAUUGGAGCCUGAAUCAGUUGUCACUUGAGCCAGAAUUCUGAAAAAGUCGGGAUUCUGGCUUAUGUUCCAGCAGUUGAACUGGGACGUUGAAUCUUGAUCGAGACAAAUUGGAAUGGUGUAGUGCCAAUAUUGAACGAAGGUAACAUCUUUGGCUAUAUCGAGUUAUCCAACAAAUUUUGGUUACUUCUGAGUAAAAGAACUUUUGGUUGUGAUGAGUCGCCGAGAGUAUGCAUUAACAAAAACAAUCGCUGGAAGUAUUUGAAAUUGACAAUUGAAAUUGAUUCUCUUGGAAUAAAGCUGAUCUGAAUAAUUUAAUACAGGGUGAUUCAUCAUGACGUUUUUUUGAUCUCGCAAAAAUUUUAAAAAUGGAGUAAAUCGCGAAAUGUUUAUUUGUCAAUCGAAAGAACAUGUUUUGCCAUUUAUUGUUUGAAAACAAUUUCUUUUAAACGUUGACCAUGUUGGCGCUUGAGGUAAUCCUUUCAAUUGGUCCAAUUUUUGUUGAUGGAUUCGAGUAUUUCAAGUGGUAUCUGGCUAAUUAGUCGAGUAAAGUUGGUUUCCAAUGGGAAUGUCAAUGUUUUCUUCAAUGCGUGCUGGAUGUGGUCGAUUUGUUCGCUAACCAUCCAAUAACGAGAACUGCAACUUUCACUCUUUUAUUAUAUGGUGAAUAGUGGAAUCAGUUGGCCGAUUAUAUCGACCAUAUUAUGGACGGAGUGCACGAAACACAUUUCUCACAGAUCGCUGGUUUUCGAAAUAUAGUUGAAUAAUUUGAAAAUCGUGAGCAUACUGUGGUGGCAAACAAUACUAAACUACAAUAAAUUGACAUGCCUUGGUAAAACCAUCAUGUUGAACCACUCUGUAUAUGCCAAGGUUUGAGACUAAAAAUAAGGACAUUUGAAGUAAAAUAAGGACGCUUUCCAAAAACCUCGAAAAUAAGGACAUGUCCUUUAAAAUAAGGACGGUUGGUAACCCUAGAUUUAAGACCAAUAAAUUAAAGCUGGAUUGUGUCUGUUUUAGAGUUUAAGGAGGCCACCAAACUUGCCACUAUAAUCCGCAGAAUUUGAGUGAAGAGCUUUGAAUUUUUUAAUGCUUGGUUAGAAUGUCACACUUCACCAUUCGUGGUAAUGGGCUUCUAUCGUUAGCGACCAUUAAAAUUUAACUUGGAACAAAGAAAUGAAUCAAUGAAAAAUACAAUGUCUGUGAUUAUGAAAAUAGCCCAUUCAUUAAGGUUAAGUCUAAGUAAUCGUAUUAAAAUACUAGCAUUUUAAGACCCACCUGUUUGAGGAAUCUUAGCCAGAUUGGUUCGGAAUCAAUCUGUGACAUUAGAAGUAUAAUCUCUAUUUCUGUAUUUAA